CAUAGUACUGCUUCUCUGGAAGAAUGUCUUCUGUGUAAAACCCUAACAAAAUUUUUGGCGUCGACCAUGAAGCGAGUGUGGAGAUUCUCUUCACACGCAACCGGUGUUCAGUUGUUACUCUUCCAAUCCCACUUCAGUGGAUUCUCCAAACCCAAACACAUUCCCUCCUUCUCCACCGUGCUAUCUUAUCGCCAGCUCAACACGGUGUCAGACUCGUUCUCUCACCUCAUUCCAUUGUUCACCGUCAAUGCUUGUUCUUCAACUUCAACCAAAGAGGAUCUCAUCAACAACGUCACUAUUCUUAGGAAUGAACUAAUUCGGGAUUCCUCCGACCAUGUUCAGGUUCAGAGCAUUUUGGACUAUAAGUAUGACGAUCUCAGUAGCCGCUACCCUAAGGGAUAUGUGUUCUUGGAACUUAUGUAUCAAUUGAAAUCAAAUUCUUCCCUUGCUCUUAAGGUGUUUAACUGGAGAAGGAAAAGAUGUAGUGCUGAAAACCCUAUGGAUACGAAUGAGUACUCGAAGGGUAUAAUAGCUGCUGGUAGAUCUGGGAAUAUUCAUUUUGCUAUUAAGCUCUUUAAGGAGGCUGCUACCAAAGGUGUCAAGACGACUAGCACUUACAAUGCGCUAAUGAGUGCCUUCUCGGUCAACGGUCUUGCUGAUUGCUGUCAGUCCUUGUUUUGUGAUCUGAAGAGGGAUUCAACUUGCGAUCCUUCUAUUGUCACAUACAACAUUCUCAUAUCUAGUUUUGGUAGCUUGAUGCUGGUUGAUCACAUGGAAGCAACAUUCCGUGAGAUUCGAAAGUUAGACCUUGCCAUGAAUAUCAGCACUUAUAAUAACUUAAUUGUUGGAUAUAUCACAGCUUGGAUGUGGGAUGAUAUGGAAAAGGUGUUUCAAAUGUUGAAGUCGAGCCCUGUCCAGCCUAACAUGAAAACCUACCUGCUAAUGCUCCGUGGGUAUGCAAAUUCAGGUAACCUGGAAAAGAUGGAAGAUACGUACUCCAUUGUAAGGGAUCAUGUAAAUGAACAUGAAAUUUCAUUAAUCAGAAGUAUGAUAUGUGCCUAUUAUAGAAGUUCUGAAGCAGAUAAACUUAAGAAGAUAGAGUUGCUAUUGAAGUUUAUUCCAGAAGAGGAGUACAAACCAUGGUUAAAUGUGUUGAUGAUUAAACUCUAUGCCAAGGAAGACUUGUUAGAGAAGAUGGAGAAUGCUAUAAAUAAGGCAUUUGAACAUGGACCAUCUAUUAGAAGCAUGGGUAUCUUGAGAUGCAUUGCUGCAACUUAUUAUCGGUGCAAUGCUGUAGAAAAGCUAGAAAAUUUUGUGAGACGUGCUGAAAUCUCUGGGUGGAGUACCUGCCGCUCCUUAUAUCAUUGUAAACUGGUCAUGCAUGGGUCACAGAAGCCCUUAUAUGAAUUGUAUCGUGUCCUUGAGGGGAUGGAAAAUGCCAAACUUGCUUGUACGAAGAAAACAUUAUGGAUAAUGCACAAAGCUUACAGCAACCGUGGCCAGAGUCCCAUGGUUUUGAAAACACUGGGGCUAAUGUUCAAACAUGGUUACGAAUUUCCUUUGGACGCAAUUCCAUCAUAAAGUAUGUAUAUCCUGGAGUGAAGAUUAUGUUUCUAAUGACAUUGUUGAUACGAACUCUAAAAGUAGAACCACAAACUUCUCUAACCAGUACAUGACCCUGAUGUUCCAGGAUCUACCAUUCAAGUUGUAUCUGGAACAUUUUCCAGAGUUUGCCCUCUCUCUCAAAGCUGAGUCCAAAAUGGUGAAUUGUUUUUUUGUAAACAAGAAUAAAUUGUUGUAAACGAUUCUGUUCAAGGGGAAACUGCAUUAUUUAUAUGAUGAAAAUAGCUCAAAUGCCAACAUAAAAUUUAAAUGGCUGUCAAAUGAUUUAAAUUACCUGGGAAUUAGAGGGUUAAGAAGUAUGAAUGGAUUUUUUUCCCUCCCUUUGAGAUGGCUCAACUAACCCUCUUAUUGCAGGCCACAUUGCAUUUUACUCUGGGAAAGAAAACGUAGUACACAUAGAUGUUACUGAAAUGCUGAAGUACACAUUGAUGUUACUGAAAUGCUGAAAUUGCUCCACAGACAAAUUGAUUCUAUAAUUGUUUUGGAAGAUAUAUUGGUUAUGGCUGAAGAGAUCAAAGCACAAGAUAGACAGGAGUUUUUGACCUUUUGGUUCCACCUGCAAAGGAGAGUGUUGGAAUGAAAUUCAUUGCUUUUUGACCCCACGGUUGGUUACUUUCAACAAUUAAUACAGCACCACCCGAAACCUAAGGCAACAGGUCUGCCCUAUUUUGCGAAGGGUGUCUAAGGUGUGGCAAAUAAUCAAGGUUUUGGAGUUUGAAACCAGGGCUGCCUCUAAAAGUCUACUAAUACCAGUUUAUUGCGCACAUUUACAUUGGAUACAUCUUAGCUUCUAGUCAACAUGUGGUAAGUUAAAAAAGUAAAUUUCUUCCAAUUUUCUUUGAUGUCAGUUAGAACCAUUUUUAUCGUCAUCUACUGGUUAUUUCUGAUGAAUUGACUUGGUAUGAUUAUUUUUUAAUAUUGAAUUUAAAUAGCCUUAGUGGUGAUGUAUCUUGCAACGUACUUGGAGUAUGAGUCAUCAACAGUUUUGGUUUUUUCUCCUGAUCUCUGCAUCAUGGUGAGUGUUUUUAAUACUUGUAUUGAUUUAGCUGUUGUACUCUGUAUCUUAUAAAAGGAAAUAUUUCAAAUAA